AUGUCUAGCCAAAUGGUAACUGUCAAGAUUGGUGAAGUAUUAGUUUCUGGUGUUCAUGCUCAUGUUAAAAAAAGUCAAAGAAAGUUUCUAUGGUCAGAGAUGGAAAUCAUUAGCCAGCUACAAAAACCAUGGGUUGUUUUAGGUGAUUUUAAUGCUAUAAUUUCACCUGAAGAGAAAUUUGGUGGUAAAGCUCCAAACAGAAUUUCAAUGAUGGAUUUUAUUCAUUGCCUUAAUGAAUAUAACUUAAUUCAAGCUCCUAGUACAGGUCAGCAAUACACUUGGUCCAAUUGUGAACAAGGAACAAAAAGAAUCCUAUGUGUUAUAGAUAGAGUUGUUUUUAAUUCUUUAUGGUUACAGAAGUAUGGUGAUUGGGGAUAUAAGGUUGGAUUGAGGAUAGUUUCAGAUCAUGCUCCAUUAUUAUGUGGUUGUGCAAGCAUACCCAGACCAAAGAAUGUUCCCUGGAUAUUUCAGAAAAUGUGGAUUGAUCAUCCAUCAUUCUUAAGUGAAGUGAAGAAAGUAUGGACUGAGAAUAUUAUUGGUGAUCCAUCUUUUAUUUUCAUGCAGAAGCUAAAAAAGCUAAAAAAGUUCUUAAGUGAGUGGAAUUGGAGUGUAUUUGGUAAUAUUAAUACAAAAAUUAAGGAAGCAGAAGAUAAAGUUCAAAAAGCAAUGGAGUUAUCUGAUCAAAAUCCCUUAAAUGAAGAUCUUUUGGCCAACUUAGUAGCAGCACAAAAUGAACAUGCAACAAGAGAAGUUCAAGCAAAUACUCUUAUGAGACUUAAAUCAAGAGCAAAAUGGAUUAAAGAUGGUUCUGCAAACACUGCAUACUUCCAUGCUAGAAUGAAGAUUAAACAAGCAAGAAAUACAAUUAGUGAACUAGAAGAUGCAAAUGGAAAUAUUAUUAAUGAUCAAUCUCAAAUUGCAGAUACUUUAGUCAAGCAUUUUCAACAAAAAUUUGAAGCUUAA